GUCUGGUUAUCAACGCCAUGGCUCUUGAUGGGAUUGUUGUAUCUUCACCAUCGAGGAGAACUCAGUCUCUAAAGAGGCAGUGGGAAGAUUUGGGCAGCUGCUCCACCGUUAUUAAGAGGCAUCGAUAUCUCUUAACAGCUUUGGUGCUUUUGGCCUUUCUCUGCACUGUUUAUCUAUAUUUUGCUGUUACUUUAGGCGCUAGGCACUCCUUGUGCUACGGCUUGACGGGUAAAGAGAAGGCAAUUUGCCAGUUACAACAUGUCCAAGCUCUCUACAAAGGGAAGCUGAAAUUUUUCUAGAGCGUGUCAUCGACCUACAUGAUUGUUCUUGCUUGCCCUACUACAAUUCUUUUUGUGAUUCUAUUGUGACUUUUGUGUGUAUUAUAUUAUUAUUACAAUGGUGAAAAUUCCAGAGAUUUAUAAUCGAAAACAUAAUUCAUUUUUGUUCAUUAAUUAAAAAUAAAAAGAAGUUUCUUACA